CAGCUUUGGUUUGACAUUUCUGAGCUAGCUUCCUCUAGCAGCCAGUGGUUCACCUGCUGGACAUUUAAGCUGCAAAACCAAGCUUUUCUUCUGCUUAAGAUUUCCUUCCAGCAGAAGAGGAAUACUUUGACCCGUGGCCAGAAUGAAGAGAGCGUUGAUGUGUCUGAUCACUGUUUAUGCUGCAGUGCCGGUUAUUCUUUACCUGUUCCCCUGGAUACUCUACCACGCUGUAUUCGCUCACCUGUUGAGACUUCCAUUCCUCGUGGAUCUGAGCCGACCUGAAAUCUUUCUGAACCACACAUGCAACUUCUACCUCAACACAGAGGAGGGGGUCUCAGUGGGAGUGUGGCACACUCUACCUGCCAGCCAAUGGGAGGAGGCCGUGGGGAGAAGCCCUGAGUGGUACUGGGAGACCCUGGGAGAUGGCAGUCCUGUUAUUAUCUAUCUCCAUGGCAACUUAGGCACCAGAGCAAUAGACCACCGGGUGCAGCUGAUGAAGAUUUUAGGUGCUGCAGGGUAUCAUGUCUUAGCUUUAGACUACAGAGGUUUUGGAGACUCCAGUGGAGAGCCCAGUGAGGCUGGAUUGACCAGUGACGCCCUCUACCUGUACAACUGGGUAAAGGCGCGGAGCAGAGGGCUGGUCAGUCUGUGGGGACACUCGCUUGGAUCUGGGGUGGCGACAAACGCCGCAGUGAAAGUACAAGAGCAAGGGUCUUCUGUUGAUGCGGUCAUUCUUGAAUCUCCGUACACAAAGAUCGGAGAAGUCGUCAUCAACCAUCCUCUCGCUCAGAUUUACAUGCUCUUUCCUGGACUGGAGAGUUUACUUUGGAACAUUUUGGAAAAAAACAACAUCUUGUUUGCCAACGAUGAAAAUUUAGAGAAGAUGAGCACUCCUCUUCUUAUUCUACACGCAGAGGAUGACAACAUGGUUCCUUAUCAGAUGGGUGUGAAGCUGCACCAGAUCGCCCUCCAGACUAAGAAAAAGCACAACUCUGACGUUCGGGUUGAGUUGAUCUCCUACGCUGCUGAUCUUGGAUUCUGCCACAUUGACAUCUACUUAGAUCCAAAUCUGACAGAUGUUGUCACGAAAUUUCUACAGAACCUGAGAGAGUGACAGAAA